UGUGUAUGUGUCUGGAUCGAAUCUUGGAUCUGCUCAGGUGAGUCAUUACCUCAUCUGUGGACUCAGAGCGGGGGGACCAGACAUGUUGACAUAGGACAACAUACAGCCUCAUAGAAAUCUUGGAGUCACGGGCCAAUAUUUGGAGUUGAGAGUCAAUUUUUGAGCAUUUGCACCCCUGUCUGUAUUGUGCAUGCCAUUAGAAAAGAAAGUUAUGUACUCUAUUGCUUCAUGGCUGACACAAAAUAGACUGACUUCACACCCGAGUCAGAUGUGACAGCUCGGUGACCAUGAUGUCAAGCAUGGCUGCUGUUGCUUUGGACAUUCCAAGUUUACCUGGAUUUGAUGAUAUUUUCUUUGGAAUCAGACGAGACAGCAUAGAAUACACACCUGUGAGGGAGGAAGACCAUGGGCCUUCAGUCAUAGUGUAUAAAGAACCAGAAGAACUUACAUACCUGGACAAUGCAGACCUGCAUGGCAUAGACUCCGAUUAUUUUGACGAAACAGACAGCUAUUCCAGCUCGAGCUCAUGUAACAAAUUCAAGGAAGAUUUUGGAAUUGAUGUGAAUGAGAGACUUCUGAGUAACGAUGACAGUGAUCUUUGGAACCCUGAAGCCCUGCAAAAAAGGCAGCUCAGAACGAGGAGGAAAAGAAUGAAAUUUGCCAAAUGA